AUUUGGAACAGGAAGAGGAACGAAGAUGUUGCCAUUCGUGAGUUUGUCCGUCUUGGUUCUGACGGUGAGUUGUGGAGCACUGCCACGCAGACCGGACCCAGACCAACUCAUGUACAAUGAAGGCAUGCUCGGCGGCGACAUUGCUGGAGGGUACAUACGGACCAUCGUCAACGGGAAGACGGCUCUCUUGCCCGAUAGUUUUUACGGACUCUGGACAGAUGCUGUCGUCUACUACGAGCUCCACUCCAGUGCCCAGAGCAUCAGGGACCUCCUCAACGCAGCGAUUGCUGAGUAUCACCAACACACGUGCAUCCGUUUCGUAGAAAGGAACGGAAAUCCCAGCAUCACCAGUUAUGUCAACAUCCGAGGAGAUGAAGCAGGAUGUUGGUCGUACGUGGGGAUGUACAAAUUCGGACCGCAGGACCUGUCCAUUCAGAUCCCAGGCUGCAACUAUAAGGGGACCAUCCUCCAUGAACUCAUGCAUGCCGUGGGCUUCUUCCACGAACACACCCGCUUCGACCGCGACGAUUACGUCAUCAUCCACUGGGAAAACAUCGUCCCUGGCUACGAAUACGCCUUCGAUAUCGUAACCCUGGCAGAAUCCCAGGAAUUCGGCGUUCCUUACGACUUUGGAUCUAUCAUGCACUACGAAUUGGACGGAUUCACCAAUAACGGAGAGAAUACGAUCGAACCUUAUGGGGAAUGGGCUGGGACCGACCCUGGCAACGUCUGGGAGCAGAACUUUUUCUCUCAGUCCGACAUUGAUGAGCUCAAUGCUCUCUACUGCUCUAAGAAAUAAACGCUGGUCAUUCCC